UGGCAACGUUUUCUUCAAAGCCCGACAUGCGAAAGACUAUGAAAUCUGGGCUGAAAAUGUAUUUCCAGACAUUCUCUAGUUAGCCAUGCCUUUUUGGGGCUUGCUAUUCUCAGUCAUACUAUUACAAUUAAUCCUGGGACUGGCUAAUAUUGGACUGGUCGACCUUUUGAGAAUGUUGUCAGACUCAUUAGGCUCGAAUACUUAUUCAAUACGUACGGUACAACAAGUGAACAAGGGACGUACUCAACAGUGAUCAUGACCUCCGCGAAUUCACCGUCAGCGACUCACCUUACUGUGUUUUAUUUGCCAAGGAAAUGCAGAAAGGGGUAAUGAACUAGUGCGCCGCCGCAAGUCGUGCUGGGUCUCGAUAACCUGCUGUUUUGCACUAUUCGGGCCGCCCAUAGUCCAGCUUUGCACUCACUCUCCAACUGCAACCAAAAUGCGGAAUUUUGCUUUAGGACCUUCGACCCUUCCAGUCUCUUUACCUGUGCUGCCGUACCUGCUACUUCGAGAAAUUCAACUGCCAUACCCGCCAGCGCAAUCUGCGGGCACAUUGCGGGCGGCUCUAGGUGUUUGAAAUACCAGAAGUGGUACUCGCCACUUUGUCCAGCGUGGUACGACGAGUCCUGACACCCCCCUCCCUCAACUCUCGGAGUCGCUAUGUACAGCCGACCCAGACCACUGCCAUACCCUCCCACUCGAAUUACUUCCUCUUUCCGGUCACGACAAGUUGUGACGCAUCAAAAUCAGCUGAAUGAGAAGACCCUCCUGUUGUUACUUGAUAACCUACAACGCAAGUUGCUGGAGCGGCGUGGGCAACAGACGACGCUUGUGGUGCAUGGCGGCAUCGUCGCUGUACUGGCACACAAAUGCCGGGCUGUGACAACAGAUAUUGAUUAUAUUGACCGUGUGUUACCUGAGGAGUUGGAUCUUCCGAUGAAGAAGCCAGGGUUCUCAUUCGGCGCGUUCAUGAAGAAGGUCUCUCGUAUAUUCAGUGGUAAGAAGAAACCCGAUACAAGGACCAUUCUCAAGGAGUGCAUAGCGGAAGUUGCUGCUGAAUUCAAUAGCAGGUAUUCGAACCCGUUGAUUGUCCUUGAACAUGACUGGAUGAACUCUGCGGCCGAUGUCGCGCUUCCCUGGCAUCUCGAUCGUGACUGUUACAUGGUGGACCCACUCGUUACGUCCGCUGUGCGCGAUGCCGAGGCACAUGGCCGCGCACUAUAUGACUCGCCAGGCUUACGGCUAAUUGGAAUUACACCAUCCUGGAUAUUCGCACUCAAGUUACAACGUUUCUCGAUUAUGGACGAAGAUGACAUCGUGUGCUUAUUAGCGAAGGAUGGCGCAUGUGCGAAAUACUCCGAGGACGACUUUGCACAGAUGGUGGAGCGGCGCUUGCGCGUGGACUGCCCCGUCAUGGACUAUGAUCAUUACCCUGAGCGUGCAAUGUCAGAGUGGAGAACGCGUUUGAGAGAAUGCGUGAGGAAGGCGAGAUAUGAGAUAGCUAUGGAGAGGAGAAUGUCCAGAUGAUAGAAGAGGGCUACGUCGUUGAGGUUCUAGUGGUAGUACUGGUGGUAUUGAGGUAGUAAUCUUACACUCCUUUGGUCGUCCCUGUCUUAUGUAAAAACCUAAUCACUUCAAUGUGCGAGGCGGUACGAAU